AUCACGAUCCUUAUCUACCAGCCUAGUCAAUGGUACCGCUGAGAUCCUUAGAUGAAGAAGGACCAGAAGGCCGGCGCCGAGAUGAAGAAGGUCAUCACACCGGUACGAGGGGGCAUGGUGUUCGUUCAGGCAGAGUGUCCUAUUGUCGAAGCUUCUGAGGCGGAUCAGAAGGUUAUCACGAAAAAGGACACUCUGCCUGAACGAACACCUGCAACACCUUGUCAAGAUUGUCCUCUGAAGAAGGAACAGAAGGCCAGCGCCGAGAUGAAGAAGGACCAGAAGGCCGGCGCCGAGAUGAAGAAGGUCAUCACACCGGUACGAGGGGGCAUGGUGACACUCUGCCUGAACGAACACCAUGCCCCCUCGUACCGGUGUGAUGACCUUCUUCAUCUCGGCGCCGGCCUUCUGGUCCUUCUUCAUCUAAGGAUCUCAGCGGUACCAUUGACUAGGCUUGUGGUCCUUCUUCUUCUCGGCGGUUGGACACAGAACACAGCUGAUUACAAAUCUUCCACGCGUCAAAGCAUUCAUGGUGGUUUGGGUGGGUUGCGGCGAGAAAUGCAGAAAGAAGAGAAGUUUGAAAAGAACGAAGGGAUGCUAGGAGAAGGAAGGGGAUGAUGGGAUGGAUGAAAUAAAAAGAAAGAAGCGGAGGGAUAAGAAUAUCUGUGAGUGUUAGGGUUUCAGUGUAUAUAUUGACUUGUGGCGAGG